GCUUUCCAAGAGAGAGGCGCUCGACGCCGGUAGAGGGUGGUGGGUAAAAAGACCGACGAACCGGGUGGAAGACCUGAAAAACGAACUGGCGUUAUCCUCUUUAGAUAAAUCAAAAUUUCGUCGGCCUUUCUGGAGCGAUUAAAGGUUUCCGUUCCCAGACCCACCCCGUCACCCCUCUUCAUCUGGUGUGAUUGUGUCUGCCUGUGUUUGUUUGAAGGAGUGUGCACUUGUGUCUGUCUUUGGACGGCACGGAGAGAGAUUGUUAAUACAGUAUUAGCUAUAUUCACUGGCUUCACGUGGAGGCACCCUAUCUGCAAUCCACCAUGGGUGACAUGAGUGAUCUGGACAGACAGAUCGACCAGCUGAGGAGAUGUGAACUCAUCAAGGAAAAUGAGGUCAAAGCCCUGUGUGCCAAAGCCAGAGAGAUUCUAGUAGAAGAGAGUAAUGUACAGAGAGUGGACUCUCCAGUAACCGUGUGCGGUGACAUCCAUGGGCAGUUUUAUGACUUAAAGGAGUUGUUCAGAGUUGGAGGAGAUGUUCCAGAAACAAACUACCUCUUCAUGGGAGAUUUUGUGGACCGAGGCUUCUACAGUGUGGAGACCUUUCUCUUACUUCUUGCACUUAAGGUGCGUUAUCCAGACAGAAUCACCCUGAUCCGGGGAAACCACGAGUCCAGACAGAUCACACAAGUAUAUGGCUUCUAUGACGAGUGUUUAAGAAAAUAUGGGUCAGUCACAGUAUGGAGGUACUGCACAGAGAUCUUCGACUACCUGUCGCUCUCCGCCAUCAUUGACGGCAAAAUCUUCUGUGUACACGGAGGCCUCUCGCCCUCAAUCCAGACUCUGGACCAGAUCAGAACCAUUGACCGGAAGCAGGAAGUGCCUCAUGAUGGACCCAUGUGUGAUCUUUUGUGGUCUGAUCCUGAAGACACCACAGGUUGGGGCGUUAGCCCAAGAGGCGCUGGCUAUCUGUUUGGUAGUGAUGUUGUGGCCCAGUUUAAUGCCGCCAAUGACAUCGACAUGAUUUGUAGAGCACACCAGCUUGUCAUGGAAGGAUAUAAGUGGCACUUCAACGAGACUGUUCUCACUGUGUGGUCUGCUCCAAAUUACUGCUACAGAUGUGGUAAUGUGGCUGCAAUCUUGGAGCUGGACGAGCACCUGCAGAAAGAAUUCAUAAUAUUUGAAGCUGCUCCACAAGAAACCAGAGGCAUUCCCUCCAAAAAGCCAGUUGCUGACUACUUCCUAUGAGCUUCCUGUGUCCUUAGGAUGCAAGCACUCUCAACAGGAAGUGGUUCCCUGUGUGUCCUUGUAUUUCUGUUUCUUGUUUCUUUCCUUGCCCAACUGUCUUAAUUUUUUUUUUACUUUGUGUUCUGAUUUUUUUUUUUUACCUUCCAUCUACUUUUAUCACAUUCUCUCUUUUUGCCAUCAAGACACACUUGACGUUAUAUUCUCAUAUACUGCUGUGAAAUCUCUUGCUCUCCAACUCAGUGUAUUCUGUAGAUGUAGACAUUUAUUAUGUACGUGAAUAGCAGUAGGGAAAGUGGAACAAAGCACACUUGAGGGUGUUGCUGCUGGCAAGACAUAGCAUUUCACAUGUUCCUCAGAAAGCUGUGUUUUUAACUGCAGAUUAAAACAGUAUGUCAGACAUUGCAUUAUUGUUGUUAUUAUUAUUAUUUUCAUUUUCUUUUCUCAUGGAAGUUUUAAAUGUAUCAGAGAAUGCAUAUGGCAUAUUUCCUGAUUUGAUUAUAGUUUACAAUCCUCUUUCACCUGAGUCAUAGAUUCACCGCAUUGGAGUUUUGUGAAGCCUGGACACAUUGGAGCCUGACACAGCAGUAAUGUACAUGGACAUUUACAACACUGGAAAACAUCUAAACACAACACACCCACUGAACUGGAUAUAGAAAAUGUGCUUUUCCCCCCUUGACUGUUCUGUCUUUAGGACUUAAUGUUGAUUUUCUUCUUUUUUUUUUUUAUUUGUGAAAAUAAAAUGUACUUUUGUAUGA